GUUUUGUCCUGGAUUUUCAAAGCUCGCGGUCGUUUUCAGUACGAAACACUAAUCCAGCUUGAAAGUUUGGGUGUUGCCACUGUGAGCGUAUAUCUCCUUUGCCUCUGAACUACUCACCAAUCCAGUUCUGAAAUUCCUCGACUGCCAUGGCUGCCAGUUUAUAUGAUGACUUAGACGUCCUAGAUGGGACGCCACUAAGUGCGACAGAAACGAAUACCACAUCCUCCGUACCACUAGUUGGUCUCCGUGUGGCCGCGAAUUGGAACACUUCAGAGUCAGAAUCCCUGGAUGUCUACGGUACAGGAAUUGCCAACACAAAUGCUGCGACCAGCAUGAAGUUUAUGCAAUCUCAUAUGGCUGCCAAACGCGCCCAGGGCCGACGUGACAAUUUCAGCGCUCGUCCAUCCAUCGCUCCUGUCGUGGAUCUGAAGCAGCGAAACAACGCAGAGGGAUCUUUCAGAUUUAACCAUCAAACUGGACGCUUGGAACGCGUUGGUAGUAGAGGCGUUCUUGGUUCAUCGCCAGCCAUGAUGACUGGUGGUCUGUUGUUCGGUGAGCCUGCUCUACCUCUAGGAGUGACAGAUGAAUACAAUCCUCUGGUGCCGAACGAUUUCGAAGAACUAGUUCGAAUCAAACGAGAACGCAGGAGAGCUGAAGAGGCUGCUAUUGCUGCUGCCGCUCAUCGCCACGAUGGAAGUGACCUUUCGGGGAUGUGCAAACGUCCCGAUUUUUCAGACUACGAGGAUGAUGAUGAUGAAUUUGAUGAGCCAACUGCUGCUUCAGGUGGCCGUCGUGGCCGCCAGGCUGCUCCACCACCAAAAGGCGCAGCCAUCGCACCUCCAUCUUCCCUCUUGGAAGGUACAACUGUCGACCCUGGCUCAACUAGUGAGGGUCCAAUGGAGACGGAGGAAAGUGAAACUGUCGGUGCAACUACCAAAUUUGGCAUCAACGCCGUUGCGGCCAAAAUGAUGGCUCGAAUGGGUUACCGAGAAGGUCAGGGUCUUGGACGCGAGAGUCAAGGUAUGGCUACUGCACUGGUUGUAGAGAAAACCAGUCGUCGCGGAGGAAAGAUUAUCCACGAACGCGACCAACAGCGACAACAGGCAACUCAGCAAAAUCCGCUUCCAGACUCAACAGUGGAAGAAACUAUCAAUAACCUACCGUUGCCUGAAAACCGUAGUUGUGUGAUCUUGUUGCGCAACAUGUGUGGUCCCGGCGAAGUCGAUGAUGAUCUACAGCCGGAAACGGCGGAAGAGUGCGCUAAAUACGGAAAAGUGGUGUCGUGCAUGAUUUUUGAAUUAGCUGAUACCCCCGACGACGAAGCAGUUCGCAUCUUCGUGGAAUUCGAGUCUGAAGACGGCGCCACGAAAGCCGUUCUUGACCUCAACGGACGAUUUUUUGCUGGCCGUGUUGUAAAGGCCGGAUUCUACGAUGCCGAAAAGUUUCGCAACUUGGAACUGGCCGACGCACCUAUUUCGGGAUAAUAGAUGCCAUUUUCCGCGCACUUUGUAUCAUAUCUCUGUUUUGUAUUUUCUUCCACUUAUCUUCGAAUAAAU